UGGGCGGUAAUGGUGUUUUGGUUCGUAUUGGGGUUCUUAACCGAUUGUUUUGGUUUCUAUUGCGGAUCAAUCGAGAGGGAUGUGAGAAAGUUGUGAUUUUGAUCUUUCUUAGAUGAUAAAAAAAGAAACUUUUUUGUUUUUUCUUCAACUUUACUUGCUUUCUGCUGGUGAAAAUUAGAAAGGGGUUUGGAAAAAGAUUCUAUUUCGGAGCUGUCACUCAUGGAGGCUUUUGGUUCCAAUUAAUCUUCUUGGUUUCUAACAGAGAGAGCAUGAGAAAAAAUCGAUUACUAAGUACUAACCCUUCUUGCUGCCAAAAUUGUGUUCUUAUCAUGUUCUUUUGGCAUAUGUGACGGGAAGCGCUGCUGUUUGGUUCUGGGUUACGGGGUUUGAGAUACUUCACCUGAAUAGAAUGUUUUUGUGGUUUCGCUGUGUGGAUCUUUAGUGUAAUUUCGUCUGUUGGUGGUUCCCAGUUAAAGCAACAGGAGGAGAGUGUGAGAGUUGCAAUCUCAGAUCCUUGUUCUCUGUGAUUCUGUAGCAGAUGGAGCAGAACAUGGAUCUCUUGGCAGGAAAAGGCAGGAAGAGAAAGGCAAAAGAAGAAGCUCAUGCUGGACCUGCCUUCUUCUUAGAUGAACUAAAUCAAGACCUACUCGAAAGGGUCCUCUCCUGCCUUCCUGCCUCAAGCUUCUUUCGUCUCAGUUCAGUAUGCAAGAGAUGGAGAUCUGUUGCCACAUCUGAGACAUUUCAUAUCGCAUGCUCUCAGAUACUCCGUAGGGAACCAUGGUUCCUUAUGGUAGAUCACGAUCUUGACCAGUUUAUUGUUUUCGACACCAGUGAAAGGAAUUGGAAAAGUCUCAAUCAUCAAACUCAUAUCCCACAAAGCCACAGUUGUAAACCCAUUCCUGUUGCUGCAUCUGGUGGUCUUGUGUGCUACCGCACGGACUCUGGCAACUUUUUGGUGUUUAACCUUCUCACAGGGUCCUGCCGUGAGCUCCCACCGGGAAGCCCGGAUGGUGAGAGCCAAACUUUACAUGCCAUUGCUAUGUACUCUUCUCCGACCUAUCCAUCUUCAUUUAAGAUCAUACUAGUCCUGGGGAAAUCACCAAACCUUGCUUUCAGAAUCUUUGACUCCACUAGGUCUACAUGGGAAGAUGAAGUCAUGUUAAUUCAGAAAGGUGAGAGUUCCUCAGAAUCUCACAUAGCCGGAGAUGAGAUUAUUUAUUUCCUUAGCAAAGCUGGAGAUGUUGUAGCCACAAACAUGCAGAGGAGUGCAUCUAAACAGUACUCGUCAGUUCUCAUAAUGGAAAAUGGAGAACUGGUCAUCUAUUUUCUCAGUGAGUCGGGAACUGUCGUGGCUUGUAAUCUUGCUCAGAAGACAUUUUUCGAGUAUCCCAGAUUUCUGCCUAUCUACUUUGAGUACUCAAUAGAUGUGGUCGAGUGCAAGGGAGAGAUGUUAGUUGUUGUCUUAUCAGAAUUCCUGGAGACUGCAAGCCUGAGAGUCUGGAAGUUCUCCAAGGAAAGCCAAUCAUGGCAACAAGUAGCAGCCAUGCCGCCAUCAAUGUCUCAUGAGUUCUACGGGCAAAAGAUGGACAUAAACUGCACAGGCUGUCAGGAAAUCAUCUUCAUCUGUGCCAGUUCAAGUGAAUGCAGCAGGCACAUAAUGUUCGAUAUGGCGGUCGAUGAAUGGGUUGAGCUGCCCAAGUGUUACGUGGAUGGGAAGGCCAAGGAGUUUACGGCUGCCAUCUCCUUCGAGCCAAGACCGGAGGCUACUGUGUGAGUUCCGAAUAAAUUUUUGUACUAGUUUUAUCUUGAUUUCAUUGUUUGAUAUUAUUAUUGCAAUUGUAUGUUACUGUACAAUGCUCAAAUGGUCAUCCAUGUAUAUGUUCCUUGAUGGUACAUUUGAAUCCAUCUUCUGUUGUCCCAUGGAAAGAAUGUUCAUUUCCGUGGUUUUCCCUUCAAAAGGGGAAGAGCA